CUUAAUGUCCUCGUACAACAAGGCCGUUUGAAGAUAUAGCAAUUUUUCUCAACUUUGUUUAUUUUAUUUAUUUUUAUUACCGGGGCCGUUCAUCUUUCCCGUCCGUUGUAAUCCGUACAAAAAUUUGUAACAAUCUUAAGGUAGUAGUGAUAUCCGUGGCGGGUAUGGACGGAUUCGGUUUUGACGCUCACACCGGAAACGGGAGUAGUUCCGAGACUCCGGUUGUGAACGUUUCGGCUGGAUUGGGUGGCUUUGUAUGGCAGACCACUCCGAUCAACUUUCCUUUCGGAUCGAUUGCGGCCGUGGGGUCUACUCCGAUCACCACAUUCGUUGGAUCGAGCGCGACUAUGGGGUCCGCUCCAGUCACCUCGGUUAUUGGACCAACCGCGGCCACGGCCACAAUGGUCACCCCAUUCGGACCGAAUAUGGCUUCGGCCAUACCGGUCAUUCCCUCACUUGGACCGAACACGGGUGUCUUCACAUUCGCACCGGUCGGACAUCCUACUGUCAUGCUGCCUACAAACUCUGUCAAAGAACCGGCAAAGUUCACGGGUGUUGGUUUUAAAAUAUGGCAGCAAAGGAUGUUGUUUUGGCUAACCACCCUCAACCUUGCGAGGUACUUGAGGGAGGAUCCCCCUGUUGUGGGGGAGAACGCGGAUGAGCCAACAGUUCAGGCUAAAGAGGCAUGGAUAGCGAAUAACUAUACGUGCCUUAACCUUAUCCUGAAUUGCUUGAGCGAUGCCUUAUAUGCUAUUUAUAGCAGGGCUGCAUCCGCAAAGGAGUUGUGGACUACACUGUCAAACAAAUACCAGGCCGAAGACGCCGGUGCGAAGAAAUUCGUUGUCGAACAGUUUCUUGUUCGUCUCCGGAUCCGUGAAGAGGGUCUCACUCGCGAGAAGAAAGUAGCUGUUGCUAAGGCCAAUGUGGUGGAGCAUCCAUCCAAAGAGGGUUCUUCCAAAGGGCCCAAGCCGAAUAAGGACAAGAAGAAGCUUGGUCCUAAAGGAGGCGUCACAUAGCCCAAGAGUUACAACUUUUUAAACUCCUUUAUUAUAAAAAUCAAAGGCUCUCUCAUUU